AGCAAAAUGAAAACCCAAUCAUCUGAUAGUAAAGUUCGUUCAUAUUGCAAAGUCCCAAUGAUAAAAUAGGAAUAGCUCUUAAAUCUCGUUUUUAAAGAAGAAUGGAAAGUCAAUUAGGUUUAUAUUUUAAAUUAUUUGUAUAGGCUGCAUAGUUGCUCAAUAUAAAAUAUGCAACAGCUAAAAAUAUUGUGCUAAGGUUUAAGAAAGCCAACAUUUUAAGUUAGCACAAAAAAUUAUUUGAAACAAAAAGAUGCCAAUACAGAUAGAUUGGAGAAUCUAAAACCUAAAUAAAUACAAAAGAUGUAUUAUCAUCUGAUGACCUAGAUUAAUAAAUGAAGAAGCUUUGA